UAAAUUUUCAAGAAGGUAAGGCAUGGGAGCCAACCAAUGGCAAUUAUUUUCUAAUUAAGUCUUCUUAUUAUCUUAAUAGUUUGUAACAGCUCAUAAGUGUAGUCAAAUCCAAGCUGCUGUUUCUUCUUCUUCACAUUAUUAGCGCUAUUAUUUUUCCAUCUAUACUCUUAAAUCUUAAUUCAUACCUAUCAUACACUUUAUUUUCUUGUUCUGCAAGUAAUUACACAAUCAAUGGGGAAAGGAAAUGGUUGCAUACCGAGCAAGUCCAAGAAGGUACCGGUGCCGGUUUCCGAGCCGGAAAAUAUCCAAGAACCGGUUAGCGGCGUGGACGAGAGAGCGAUCGCGACUACUAGUACGAGCCGAGAAGUGGCGCCACCGGCGAGAGAAGCAAACAAGAAUCUGAAAGUGUUCAUUGUUUUCUACUCAAUGUACGGUCACGUGGAAUCACUGGCGAGAUCGAUGAAGAAAGGAGUUGAAACCAUUGAAGGAGUUGAAGGAGUGUUGUACAGAGUGACGGAGACGCUUCCAAAGGAGGUUCUGGAAGCGAUGCAGGCGCCGGAGAAGGAUGACGCGGUGCCGCUGAUAACGGCGGAGAAGCUGGUGGAGGCGGAUGGGUUGCUGUUUGGGUUUCCGACUCGGUUUGGGAGCAUGGCGGCGCAGAUGAAAGGCUUCUUUGAUUCCACGGGGCAGUUGUGGAAGGAGCAGAAGCUUGCCGGUGUUCCUGCCGGAUUCUUUGUCAGCACCGGCACUCAGGGUGGCGGCCAAGAAACCACCGCUUGGACAGCAAUAACACAGUUAGUCCACCAUGGAAUGCUCUAUGUUCCAAUUGGUUAUACCUUUGGUGCUGGAAUGUUUGGAAUGGAUUCCAUCAAAGGAGGAACACCUUAUGGUGCUGGAACUUUUGCUGGUGAUGGUUCAAGGCAAGCAAGUGAAACAGAGUUAGCCACUGCUGAGUAUCAAGGCAAGUACAUGGCCACAAUUGUCAAGAAAUUAGCCAACAAGGAUUAGAUUCUAUGUUGCUCAUUUCAAUAAUGAUUAUAAACCAGCAUUAUUAUUCUCAAAAUAUCUUCCAUUCAAUGUUUUUGUGUCUAUAUUCAAAUGUUGAGUUUGUUAUUAGUCAUAAUGGUUAGGAACCUUAGCUUGUUCUUCACUGUCUUCAUUCCAAGAAAAAAUGUAUGUUGUACUUUGUGAUUAUUUGUUAUUUAUUACAUUUAUAUGACA